AUGGCAUUUGCUCUCAAGUCAGGAAUGGACAAAGAAAUGUGUCACCCGAACAAGGAAGAUGGUGCUACCAAUGGAGACCAAGGGAGUGAGCAGCAGCCAAAGGAGCUGAUUCCUGAUCGUGUGGGUGGCAAGAGACUGCCGUCGUCUGUGCCAUGGCAGGUGCCACGACGUCGCCUACGCCAUCGAUUCACCCAGUGGCAGCUGGAGGAACUGGAGCGCAUCUUCCAGGCCAAUGGCUCCCUCGGCAUUAAAGCAAGAAAACAACUAGCCAGAUGGAUGGGUGUGAGUGAAGCCGUGGUGAAGAGAUGGUUUCAGAAGAGGAGAGAGCAGUACAGCAGAUAUAUGAGGCUGUGA